AUGGCUCCACAACAUGUGAUCGUGCGAGGAAAGGCCAGUGCGCGAAACCUGACGGACUCCAGGCUCUCCGAGACAGAGCGGGCCGCCGAUGGCCAAAUGGACAAGUUGGACAUCUGGACAGGCCAUUUGCGCACGGAUCGAGGAUGCGGUGCUGUGAAAAGAACACAGGGUGGCCCCGUGCUGGGCCAACGUGACCGAAGGCCGAAAAGGAAACAGAAUGCGCGGAAGUGCUGUUUUAUGGCAAAGUCAAGCAAGCGAGCACUUUGCAUACUACGAGAUAAGCGAUGCUAG